AUGCUAACAGUAAAGUCCAUUUUGUCUCAGAUCCAACACCGAAAUUGGUUUGUGACCAUCGAUCUAAAGGAUGCAUACUUUCACAUCCAGAUCGUCAAGAGACACAGGAAAUUCCUCAGGUUCGCUUUCGAGUGCAAAGCUUACCAGUAUCGUGUUCUUCCGUUUGGACUGGCUCUGGCCCCUCGAACAUUUACAAAGUGUAUGGACGCAGCUCUGGCCCCAUUACGAGCAGUCCAUGUCCCGGGUCACCUGAACUCAGGAGCAGACUUGCUCUCGAGACAGAAGCUGGAGGACGGGGAAUGGAGACUUCACCUUCAAGUGGUGGAUCUUGUAUGGCAGCGGUUCGAACGAGCGGAAGUGGAUCUGUUUGCUUCGAGCACGACUACGCACUGCCCGCUCUGGUUUUCCCUGUCUCCCCCGUCUCCUCUAGGUCUGGAUGCUCUGGCCCACGAAUGGCCCAGAACCAGUCUGUUUAAAGCUGUUGCAGCUAAGAGCAAACUGGACCUUGUAAACCAGGGCUUCACUGAGUUCACUAUCGAGGACUUUCACAACACUUUCAUGGACUUGAUUGAGCUGUGUGAAAAGCAGCAAUCACUUGGUGAACUGCUGAGCUCCUUCAAUGACCAGAGCGUGUCUGACUACAUAGUGGUUUACCUGAGGCUUCUCACUUCUGGAUACCUGCAGCGGGAGCAUGUAUUCUUUAAGCACUUCAUAGAGGGCAGCCGUUCUGUCAAAGAGUUUUGCCAGCAGGAGGUGGAACCCAUGUCGAAAGAGAGCGACCACAUCCAUAUCAUUGCCUUGGCAAAAGCACUGAAUGUGCCCAUAUUAGUGGAAUACAUGGACAGAGGAGAGGGUGGAACAGUGAACAAUCAUGUCUUCCCUGAAGGAAGUGAGCCACGCAUCUUCCUGCUCUACCGCCCAGGCCACUAUGACAUCCUGUAUAAGUGAUACUCUGUAUAUUCUGUGGUUCCAUUGUGAAGAAACCAUCCCAGUUCUACAGCCAAGUUGAGUCAUACAUGUGUAUGCUAUGCUAUGAUUAAUCUUAAUAAAGUUUUCACUUCAGUUCUCCCUACAUUACAAAAUGAAUGAUUUUUUUUUUCAGUGCAAACAGAACUUGAAGCUCUUAAUCUCUUAAAAACUGACUCUGCAUCAAACUGCAGCAUUACGGUUGUACAGUAGGUUUUUUGUGGUUGUAAAUGUUAUCAACUUGCUUUUAGUGUUUUUCUUUUGUUACACUGCCUUUCAUGAGUUUUAUUAAAGGGAUUUACACCUCA